CACACACACACACACACACACACACACACACACACACACACACAAGCAACCACUGGCAGCAGGUCAGAGGUCAGGGCAGACUGGGAUGUUUCGUUUGCACCUUUAACGUAAAGUUCUGCUCUUCUGAAUCCGGGAGGCGGGGAGAGAUGAGGAAGAGGAGGAGGAAGACGAGGAGGAAGAGGCAGGUCUGUCGGCUGCAGGAUUCCAUCACUCUUGGCAACCGUUGUUGAGUUUCCACGGAAACACUAAGCCAUGUUCCCUGCUUUCUCUUUUGUCCUCCUUCAUCACUCUCUGCUCUCUCUCUCUCUCCCUCUCUCUCUCCAUCCCGUCUUUAUCGCUGGUCGACCUCCCCCUUGCGUUGCCACGACGAUGCUCGGAGUCCGCCGCAGUGUUGGAGCGCGGAGUUGAACUGAUCGCCUUCCUUUUGCUGUUUCUUCUUCCCCUCUUUAAAGACAAAAAAAAAAGAGAAAAAAAUUGUUUGAUUGCUUUGCAGCCUCUCACCCUCCAUCCCCACUGGGCAGCCAUUUGGACUGCCCUGCAGAGUGACAUCAGAGGAAGUUGGAUGAAGUUGGAAAACUCUUGUACUCUUCUUCUUCUUCUUCAACGUUGCGUUGAUGUGUUUUCCACUUCGGCGAUCUGAGACGCCUUUGCGGGGACCAAACUCCACUCUGUGAACACUUCUGGAGAGAAAGACAAAAAGAGAAAAGAAAAAAAAAACUUGCAGAGAGAGAUGAGUGAUGAGGCGGAGGAGGCGCAGCUCCCUGUGGGAGUGAUGGAAACCGAGGAGGAGCAACAGGAGGGUGGACUUUUCCAGGAGUUGUUGGAGGAACAGGAGGAGCGGGAAGAGGUGGAGGAGGUGAAGAUGUCACUCACGGAGGAGAUGCAGCCAUGCGAGGUCGAGGAGAUGCAGCAAGCUGAGGAGGAGGAGGAGGAGCAGCAGCUGCAGGAGGAAGAGGAGGAGGAGGAGGUGCAGGGUGAGGAGAUGCUACAGACUGAGCAACAGCAGCUGCAGGAAGGCGAGGGGACGCACACCGAGGAGGUGCAAGACUUUGCUGACACUCUGGAGCAGAACCACAACAACCAGGUCCUGAUCCGACUCAGAGGAAUGCAGAAAUACAAAAUUACAUCACAGAGGCUGAAGGCGGCCCUGGAGCAGAUGGACCGGGGCGUCGUGGACCUGCAGGAGCUCCGCAGAAACCUGGAGCUGGCGGCGGCCAUGUUGGACGCCGUCUACACAGACGAGACCAGGCGCCUGCUGGACACAGAGGACGAGCUCAGCGACCUGCAGGCGGAGUCCGUGCCGAGCGAGGUGCGCGAUUGGCUGGCGUGCACCUUCAGCCGGAAGAUGGGCAUGGCCAAGCGGCGUCCCGAGGAGAAGCCGAGGUUCAGAAGCAUCGUUCACGCGGUGCAGGCCGGGAUCUUUGUGGAGAGGAUGUACAGACGGACGUCUAACAUGGCUGGGCUGACCUACCCUCCCACAGCUUUGACAGCUCUCAAGGAGGUGGAUCAGUGGUCCUUUGACGUUUUUGCCUUCCACGAGGCCACUGGAGAACACGCCCUCAAAUUCCUGGUGUAUGACCUGCUGACCCGCUAUGACCUCAUCAACAGGUUCAGGAUCCCUGUGCAGGCCCUGGUGCAGUUUGUUGAGGCCCUGGAGAACGGCUACAGCAAACACAGAAACCCCUACCACAACCUGAUCCACGCUGCCGACGUCACGCAGACCGCCCACUUCCUGAUGCUGCACACCGGACUGAUGCACUGGCUAAGUGAGCUGGAGAUCCUUGCCAUGGUUUUUGCUGCGGCGAUCCAUGACUUUGAACACACGGGAACCACAAACAACUUCCACAUCCACACCAGGUCGGAGGUCGCCAUCCUGUACAACGACAGGUCGGUGCUGGAGAACCAUCACGUCAGCGCCGCCUACAAGCUGAUGGCCGAGGAGGACAUGAACAUCCUGGUCAACCUAAACAAAGAAGACUGGAGGGAGCUGAGGGCUCUGGUGAUAGAGAUGGUGAUGUCCACAGACAUGUCCUGCCACUUCCAGCAGAUCAAGACCAUGAGGAACGCCCUGACACAGACAAACGGUAUAGACAAAGUGAAGGUUUUAUCUCUGAUGCUUCACGCAGCAGACAUCAGUCAUCCUGCCAAAGCCUGGCCGCUGCACUACCACUGGACUCACAGCCUGAUGGAAGAGUUCUUCAGACAGGGAGAUAAAGAGGUGGAACUUGGUCUUCCUUUCUCUCCCCUCUGUGACCGAAAAGCCACCAUGAUCGCCCAGUCACAGAUAGGUUUCAUAGACUUCAUCGUGGAGCCCACUUUCACUGUACUGGUUGACACAACAGAGAAGGUGAUCGGACCUCUGGUAGAAGAAGACAGGAAGGCCAAAGAGAGUGGAAACAGAAGGUCCAGCCUAACAGGAAGCGGUUCGGUCACUGUGGAGUCGGUGCAAAGACACAGCAGCAAUCGCCAUGGAAACACCGACGAUGGACAGAUGAACUUUUCCCUGACGGCCAUUGACCUGCCUGCUCUGAGGCACCACCUCUCCAGCGUCAUCGCCAGCAACAAGGACCGAUGGAAGGAGCUGUCUGUGCACGAGCUGGCCAAGAAGGAGAAAGAGGAGACCGAGGCGAAAGACGAAGGUGAAGACGCCCCGUCCCAGGCCUCGCCCAGCCGCGGUGUCACAGAUCCACCGCAGAAGUCAGACGAUUGCGCUUCGGCUGGAAAGCGUGAUGAUAAGUCACCCGACCACACGGCUGCGGAUCACCUGACCUGGAACGGAGCAGAGGAGGAAGAGGAGGAUGACAAAGUGCCUGAAAAUGCCUGAUGACCCAAACCUACAAGUCCUUUAAUAAUCUGACUUUGACAGAUCACCAUGGCAACAGGCAGCUCGGUUGCAGUAACCACUAGGGUUUAGACUCUUCUGUGUAAAGAAGCUGACUCAGUGGCUCCUCGGUGGCCCCCAGAGGGCCUCCAGAUUAUCUGUUUACAAGUGAAUGUGGAUAAAUCACACAUCGGAGUGACCACCCCCCAUCAGAUCAUGGCUUCUUAGCAGCUUCCUGGUUCAUUUUCUGUCAGGCUCAGAAGGAAAUUGUCUGGAAAAACCAAAGAGUGUGUGAUGGUUGGCGAAUCGCCGUUCACAAUUACCGCAGGCACAACGUCGUCUAUCAGGACGAGUGAAGCACGAAGCUGUUAAGAAGCAGCUGCGGCGGCGACAUCGGCGGGUGUGUAGUUUUGUUUAGACGCCUUCAGUGAUCCGUGGCGGGAGCGAGGCGUCGCUGCUGCUCUGCUCUCUGCUCCGACUCCACGCUCUCGGGUAUGUCGUAAUCACCUGACACACCUCCGCGUCUGCGACGCGAGUUCUUGCCGUUGAGAUGCUGGUUGAGUCAAAGCAUUGAAGUGGAUGUGAGUACGCUGACUCAAACAAGCUUUUAAAUUCCUGAAAUUACUUUCUUUUACUCUUCAGGAGCUUUGGUCCUCUAAUUCAGUUAAAAAAAAAUAAUUGUAACUCAUAUCUUCCAAGUACCUUCAAAGAGUCACUGAGAACGGUGACACUUUGGACUGGAGGGAUCAAACCGAAUCAAAUCAAGUCUCACAGCCAAUCAGAAGAGGCCUCCGACCGAAGGCCGCGGCUGUGUGUCAGUGAUGCUGUGCUAACAAUUCAACUUCUAGGCAGCAGAGAUGAUAUUUCACAAUAACAUGUCGCGGACGUCACCAUCGCUUGUCGAAAAGCACCACUGAUCCUCCUCCUUCGCUUUUGCCGCCGGUCUUCAAAGGUCUUCAUGGCAGUCUGGUCUGACACGGCGAAGUCUGAGGUCUGAUCGUUGCUCAUUGUGAUCAAUAGACGUAGCUUUAACUUCCACAUUUGUUCUUUGGUCCUGUUCCACGUCCAUGAAGCCUGCUUUUUGAGCUCCUCUGGGAUUUGGUGUGAAAUCUGAAACUUGGUGUAAAUGUAAAAAAAAUAAAAAAAAGUAGCCUCCGAUGAUAUCCAUCUGAUGAAAAUCACAAUAGAUUGACAAAUUUUAUUAAUAUUACAUGUGUGUUGGAGAUGUUUUUGUCAUAUUGAAAAGACAAAGCUUCUAGGACAAUGUCCAUUGGACAGAUGAGACAAAAUUUUAGCUUUUUCACAGGACAUAUCGGCCAUAAUGUCCAGACACAGAAAACUGAAGCAGGACCGAGACAAGAGCACAAUGUCUGCUGUCCAACACGGAGGAGGCUGAGUCAUGCUCUGGGGCUGCUUUGCUUUGCUUCCUCUGAAAUCUGUGCAGAAUAAAACGACUGCCUAGCGCCUUCCAACAAAAUAGUGACAGAAAACACAGCUAAAAACUCCCAAGAAUGGCUUAGAGCAAAACAUUGGACUGUUCUGAAUUGUCCUUCUACAUUCAAUAGGAGCUGAAAUCUACCAUCUGGAGAAGACGCCCUGCAAACCUCACACAGUUUUCCCUGUCAGUUGAGGAAAGUCCCUGCUGACGGGUGCAGAAGCCUCACUGACACUCACAGUGAUUGAUUGCAGUUAUUACCUUCAAAAAUAUUAAGUAAUUAUCAUUUUUGUCCGGGCAUGUUGCACGAGUUGGCUUUUUAAAAUGAUUCUGCUGAAACACGAUUGAGAAGAAACGUCUGAUUUUCAGUGGUUCAUUUUCAGGGAGUUUUAUUUAUCAUGACUUUUGUUUGUUUCAACUUAUGUCAGUGACCUUUGUGGGCUUUUCAUUUUGCGUUGUUUAAUUUCUGCUGACCCGUCACACGCCGCCCUGCCUUCACUUGACGCUUGCCUUCCCAAAAUUCAUUCUCCACUUUAUUACCCAGAGUAGACGGGGUUUCUUUGUCCUCUCUUCUCAUAUCCAUUGUUUCCUUCUGUGUUCCUUUUCUUUAAAUUGUCUCUCAUUCAGAUGUUCUUCAUAUUUUUAUUUGUGGACUUUCUGCAUCUGUCUUUGUUUCAGUCAAAUAAAAACGUCUCUGUCAUUGGACGACUGGUCUGUCUGAUUGCGAGUCCCUCGACCGCCGCCUUAAACGAAGAAGAGGAACGUAAGAGCUGAACAGUUUAGACGAUGCCUCAGACGACCAUUUAUUUUAAUAACUCUGAAAAAUAAAUGCGGCUGUUUGACACUAUCCCGAAUUCAACAGAAUCCAUCACCCCUACGUUCCCAUCUUGCAUCUCUCUGGUUGCAGACCCAGCAGUUGUCACAGCACCACUAAUUCUUCCUGGGAUGACACUAAGCAUUGUGUGUUGCCAAAGUAACGCCCGACUCUGGCAACGCAGAUUGCUUUUUGUCCAGGUGGGGAGCAGAGCAGCAACAGUGAGGUGGUCUGGAUUUUACCACAAGGCGUCUUCUUCACGAGAUGUUUUCAUGCAGCAAUGUCUUCUUGUUCUUUAGGACAAUGUGUCCACAGCGUAAUAUUAUGACCUUGUAUAAACCGUGGAGACAGAUCAAUAACGGAGGCCCCCGGUCUUCUGAUGAGAACCAGAUUACUGCAGCUCUUCAUCCAGGCCGACUCUCUUCUCUGUGUCACCGUUGCGACUGCUGACUGUGAAAAAUGGCGGGGCGGCCGCAGUAUGGCCACGGCGAUGAGGUCAUUGUCGGAUUCCACGUUAACGGCCAAAGAGCCGUCGCCAAGCCAAGAUGACCAACAGUGAAGACUCUGUAGACGCUCAGAUCGCUGUGUCUGUCCAUGCGAUGUUCGCUGUGGUCGUUGUGUAUCCUUGGCUCUUCGUGUUACAGAGUGUGUAUGUUGGAAAUGGGAGGUCGAGAGAGACACAGAGAGAGAGACAGUGUGUGUGUGUGUGUGUAUGCUGUACAGUCAUUUAUUGUAUUAAAUAUCCUAAACUCCG